AUGCCGUCUCCGAUCGUUGCCGCUACACUCCAGGCUGCGGGCCUGUCGACCAUCUCUAAUAUCCUUGCCCAAUUCAUUGAGGCUCGUCAACAGAGUCGUCCGGUCUCCCUAGACAUCGCCCAGCUUCUGCGCUUUGUCUCCCUCACCUUAAUGACCGCCCCCCCAAACUAUCACUGGCAAGGGUACCUGGAGCGAACAUUUCCCGCCUAUCCUGCUGCUAGAGGGCCACAGCUUGGGCGUUUGAAUGAUCUUGAGAUGCAGCCUACUGAAGAUGCACCCGAGCUCAAGGAGGGCUACGAGGAGCGCAUGGCGCAGAUCAACAAGGACAGAGAGCCUCAGUUCAGUAUGCGCAACACUAUAACCAAGUGGUUCGUUGAUUGUAUUACUGCGGGAGCUAUCAUGAACACGAUUGCGUUUUUGAUCAUCAUGGGUCUGAUGAAGGGUCAAGGCGGUUCUCAAAUCUGGAGCAACAUCAAGACGGCGAGUUACUAA